CCCGGUGGGAACAGUUCAAUUGUCAGGACGUCAGUUAUUGUAGUGUUUAUUGGUUAAAAGGGGGAAAAAGCGUACCUUUUGUUUUAUUCUGAGACUUCUUUUUUUGCGGCUAUUGCAGGUGGUUUUAAUUAUCAUUGUAUGCUGUGGUAUAUGAUGUGGACUAGUUGCAACAUUCGUCAGAAAAGACAUAUUUCUAAAAUUCCUGGAACCAUGCCGCUUAUAUGAAUAAAUUUGAAGGAACACCACUGUCUAGUGGUGAUGAAGCAAACGACGAACUUGGAGCCUUGAGCUUAGACGGCUCCUUCUUCUUUACUUCUGAAUCGGAAGACGAUUACAUUCAGAGUGAUAUCGAAAAGGAAAUGACCACAGACCAUCAAGAAGCCCCUCUUCCAAAAGAACUUGAACUUCGUGCGGGCUCGCAACCCCUCAAAUACGCCUUGUGGGCUAAAGUAGAACUCAGCAGAGGGAAAAGAUUUGGGCCCAUCCCAGCUCAGUUAAAAGAUACUGAACCAACUCGAUUCAGCGCUUGGAGGGUUGUUGACGAACAUGGUACGAUAAAAGCCUGGGUUGAUACACUUUUCGACCGAGGAGGGCAAUGGACAACAUAUCUUCGGAAACCGGAAAAUGAGCAAGACAAGAACGUAACUCCAGUAUUUUUUGGAGGACAGAUUUAUCUAGAAGUCAUUCAAGAUAUCGAAGCUGGUCAGGAACUUCAUUUAGCUUCUUACAAUCUAUUAUUGGCUCAUGAGCCAUCAUCACAUCAAAGAAAUGGAAACCUGGGUUCUCAUGAAACAGCAGAAAGGGGCAUCUCUGAGAGAAGAGAGCACUUAGAAGACAUUUCUGAGAGUUCGGGAGUGCAGUCGCAUCUUCUAGCAAUUCAUAAUCAGGAAGAUUCCUCUACCAGAGAUCAAUCGAAUCGCAAGUGCUACGCUUGUGACGUUGAUUUUCCAGACCAGUACAGUUACUCCGAACACAUCAGCAACUGUCAUAUCUCGGAAGAUAGCAACCAGGGUGAAAAAGAGUAUAAAUGUCGACAGUGUCCAAAAGUUUUUAAUUGGAAAUCCAACCUUAUUCGCCAUCAAAUAGCCCACGACGAGAGCCGGCGAUACGUCUGUGAAAAUUGUAAGAAAGUUUUUACUGAUCCCAGCAAUCUACAACGACAUAUAAGAUCUCAGCAUAUAGGAGCGCGUUCUCACGCCUGCCCUGAAUGCGGAAAGACUUUUGCUACCUCUAGUGGUCUGAAACAACAUACACAUAUACACAGUAGUGUUAAGCCAUUUAGAUGCGAAGUCUGCUUUAAAGCAUACACACAGUUCUCAAAUCUUUGUCGCCACAAACGCAUGCAUGCGAAUUGUCGCAUGCAAAUCAAAUGUCAUAAGUGCGGACAAGCCUUCAGCGCUGUAACUUCGUUAUCGAAACAUAAGAGGUUUUGUGAAGGAGCUCCAUCCAGUAGUUCCUCUACAUCUAAUAUUCCGAAUCCACCUCAAGCACAGACAUCAACCCCGGGACCUGCCGGGUACGAUUCCAAUAAGACAGUGCCUAUGAGCUUAGCACCACCAAGCAAUCCACUUCUAUUCUAUCCAAGACCAAGUUUUCCCUUCUAUCCGACAUUUGGAUAUCCUUUCAUAUCUGGACCUACCCUACCAGCUCCUCCUCCCUUGAUACCAGACCCUGGACUGCUUCAAGGGCAUAGUGUAAAUAUAGCAGCUGCAGCACAGGCAGCACAUGACCUUCAAAGACAUAUACUGAACAGUAAUGGUGCUCAGCAAACUCUGAGAACACCAUCACCAACAAAACAAGAGCUAAAAAGCCCAAUUAAGCAACCAGACAAAAGAAAUUCGGAAGCUUCUGAAUCAGAAGCAUCUGGGGAACUGUCUUCUGAAGACACAGGCGGUGAAGACCUUUCAUCUUUUAGCGACGUUGAAUCGGAAGCAGAUACUAUUAAAUCAGUGAAAGGAUCACCGUGCUCUCAACAAAAAUCUUCUGCUCCAGCUACUGUGACAGAUAACAAAACUUCACCAACAAACAUGUUUCUUAAUCAUAGACAGGGUUCUCCUAAACAAGGUUCAGUAUGUCCUGAUCCUUCACUCAUUCGAUCACCCAUAAACUCAAAUGGACAAAUGAGACCCAUGGUGACAAAUGGUACCUCUAAGCCUGAACUCGAAAUGCCAUUUGAUUUGUCCCAAAGUAGUAAGAAUAAAGUUCCAAGUGAUGCAAUGAUGGAUUAUCAUACAAAAAUGCGUGAUACUCCUAAAAACGAGGAACAACCUUUAGAUUUAAGAGUUACACCCAAGAAACCGGCUUCUGCCUUUGAAGAUGAAAUAGUAAAAAGAAAAGCAUUGUUUUACGAAGAGAAGGAAAGAAUGAAAGAAUUCGAUAGUCCUCCAGUUUUGGCACCCAUACAAGAGCCUAUUCCUCAAAUUGAGACGCAAAAGAGGGAUAGUCCUCCUUUACCACCAUCUCCUAGCAAAUUACCAAUGGCAUGCCCCAGACCAAUUCAUCCUAUGUUCCUAGAGUCUAUGUAUAGGUUCCAACAAGAGAAACCAGCUUUCAGCUUGUUUCCUCCAGAACGACUGAUGCCAGCUUUUACUCCCCGAUAUCCGUUUCUAGGACCUAUUCUGUCAGGUAAUCCUUCAUUUGACUUUAUGAGGGCUCAUAUGGAUAAGGUUAGCAAGCCUAUGCAUGAAAUAAUGUCUCCACACUUGAACAAAACCAAAGAACGCUACUCUUGCAAAUUUUGUGGCAAAAUAUUUCCGAGGUCAGCGAAUCUGACUAGACAUUUACGUACUCACACAGGUGAGCAACCUUACAAAUGUAAAUAUUGUGAGAGGUCUUUCAGCAUAUCUUCUAACUUACAGCGACACGUUCGAAAUAUCCACAACAAGGAAAAACCUUUCAAGUGCCCUCUCUGUGAUAGAUGUUUCGGUCAACAGACAAAUUUGGAUCGCCACUUGAAGAAGCAUGAAGCUGAUGGCCCGACUAUACUGGAUGAUUCUCCAAAGGGAAAUGAUGCAGAUGAUAAAGAUGAGGCAUAUUUCGAUGAAAUUCGCAACUUUAUGGGAAAAGUAACAAAUAGUGGUCACAGCCCUGUCAAUGCGAUGGCUCUCAUGAAUCCGUUGGAGGAUCGAAAACGAGAUAGGGAGGCCCUGAUGAUGUCAACGUCCUAUUCGCCACGCCAGAAUAGCAGUCCAACCAGCGGCCAUAGUGACAACUUAGACGAUGAAACAGAUGGUGGAAUCAAUGUAUCCGAUCCAGAUGAUGUUGACCCUCCAAGUAAGAGACAUUGUAAUGAUGAGCAGUCUAAUCACACCAGCUCUUCAUCUAACACAGAACGAAGUAACAAGAGCCCCGAUUCUGUGAAGAACCAGGCGAUGAGCACUCCAACUACCAACGCUUUUCUUCAAAAUGGAGAUUUUCCUCUGGAUCUCCAACAGAAGACACUGGCCUAUAAAGUCAUGCUUCAGCUGAAUCGGAAGCUUGAUUUAUGCAAUGGAGUUAAAGAAAAUGGACACGAUCCCCAUAUAAAUGUCGACAGUUUGGACGAUGAAGAUUUGGAAGAUGACGAUUGUAAGGAUUACACCAGCGACGAUGAUCCUCAGUGCCGGAAUAGCUCUCCCGUACGGCCUGCACAAGAAGUAAAGGUAGACUGAUUCACUUAAUAAAAUUGAAGAUUAGUAGUGAUAGGAAAAUUUCCAACUAAGCGCACAAAGCGCCAUAGAUUCCUUUUCGGAAAGGAAAACCAUCAUUUUACUCGGAGCUCCCUUCAAGACAUUCAGCUAAGAGCAGAAGCACCUGUGUGUAGGGCUCUGAGAAAUAUUUUCUCAUAUAAGAUUCAAAUCAAAAUAAUGAAUGAAUGAGUGAUGAACUAAUGGCUCAUAGUACAUUCUAUGGAACGUUUAACUCCAGAUUCAUUUCAAGCGUGCACUUCACAUCUCAAGAUGGAGUAUUUUGGCCAAGCUAGUCAGACAGCAACUUAGGUUCUGAAAGUAAACUUUUCAAAUAAGACUGAAUAAGGAAAUAGUGCUUAUCUGCAGAAAGAACUGUUGAAGGACUUUGUUCAUAAAUCCUCAAUAACAGAGAAAGAAUGAUUUUUUUUCAUCGCAUGAUGGUGUUUAAACAGUUUGGUGCUUCAAAAUAAGUGUUCAAAAAUUCAAUUCUGAUACUAAAUUUUUGUUUAACAAAAAGUCUGUAGAAGAAAUUCAUGUUGAGAAAGGAGUAAAAAUGAUUAUAAGUUUCCAGCUAUUGUUAUUUUUUUCGUUUUUAUGUGAUAUGCAUCAAUUUUUAUACAUUAUUAUUUUGUAUAAUUUAAAAAUGCUACAGAGAACACUACCACAUAACUAGUCACGCAUAGUAUAAUAAGCAUAAUUGUGUUGCGACAUGACAUAGAGCUUGUUAAAUAUAUUAUAUGUAUACAUUUCGAUAGUGGUAAAAUGUUUUUAAUUGUAAAUCAAAGCUUAUUUGUUUAAUUUACACUGAUUUUCAGGCAUAUAUAUAUAUAUAUUCUAUUUCUUAUUGAAGGCUUCGGUGGGAGCGAAGAAAUUUUAAGUGACAGAAAUAUUGGCAUCUGAAGCAAUAUAUGAGAAUGAUUUCUUUUUUUUUUAUUUAGAAAGAACAUUGAAAAUGCUACUUAUUUUGAGAGUCCAAAGAACUACAUGUUUUGUCCAUAUGUAAAAUAUGUGUCGCAAACUCUGCGAUAUACUAUAAUUCUAUAUUAUGACUGUUUUUAAUGUUUUCUUUGAAAUAUUAUUUUGAUGCUGUUUAGUACAACUGAAAUUUUUUUUUGUUCAUCUAUUUAAUUUGUCAUUUAUUUAAGAAUAAUUAAAUAUAGGAUUUUUUUCACUGAACGUUGAAUGCUUAUUUAUUGAAAUAUUUAGCAAUUUUUGUCAUAACUGCAUGUAUAUUGUGAAUUAAAAAACAAAUAUUCAUUGACAUUUUGAACGACGAAGAAAAAUUCUCAAAGACCAGAUCAAUCUAUUCGAAGACACAAUACUAACUUCUAAAAUUUAUAAUAGAAAAGAGAAAGAUUUUAAAUAUAGCGAAGAGAAUAAUUUCAACAGUGGUUAAGUGAAAAGUUCAUUCAUUGUGCAUUUAUUUGGGUCGUGGCAUUUAUUUGGGUUAUUAUCCUAUGCUGCAUUACAGUUAAUGAGAAACAGUAGUGCAAAUUAAAUGAACUUUGUUUAAAAACAAGAAGCAUUAAAUUCAAAAAUCCGAAAUUCAAAAAAAGGAUUUAAAUUAAAUAUGAAAAACAGAUAUUAUUGAUUAAUGAAUUAUUGAAAGUCAUGCUAUUUCAGUGAAGGGAAUUUAGAGCUAAAAGUACGCAAACGAUAUUGUUCAACUAGCACGUUGACGACAACUUGAACCUGAAAGGUUUAAUUUGUUAUAGUUCUCUAUUAAAGUGAAAAUAGAAGAAUCCCAUUUCCUAUAAAAACAUUUUACUUCUUCGCCAUUUACCAUUUAUACUUUUCUAUAUAAGCGGAAACGCGACGACAUGAAGACAAAGUCUUAGCUUCGUUGUUAGACAAUCGCUGAUUCGAAACCUAAUUUUAUCAGUGUUCGAUGCACUUUAAAUAAAUGCUCUAACGGGUCAAAUUUCCUGAUACGAAAGUUGCUGGCUCUGCUCAGGUGUUAGUCUCAUCAUCUGAUCACGAUUCAUAAUUAUGUAAUUCUAUCUCAAAAUAAGCUUCGUGCAAUUUUGAAGCAAUAAAUUAAUUUAUUUGUGAUGAGCCAAAAUCAUGGGAGGACUUCGAAUCAUCCAUGAUCAAUACGACAUUUCCUGCAAAUUUGAGAUAAUAUGUCACAAUUGCGUGACAAACCUAAUAAUGCAUAUAAAUCAUCAGAAACGUCAUCCAAUAUCUAGAAGCAAGUUGCUCUGCUUUGCAAUGUUAAGUCUGGUCUCCUCAUCGAUCUGCAAAGUGCGCAAUAUAUUUCAGAAUUAAAUAGCAUUUAAAAACAAUUAUUGAGCAUUUUAUGAACCGUUAGAAUCUGCGAUCACCUGAUUACGAAGCUGGGUCUUUUGACAAUGUUCGCUUUAGAGAAUAAAUCGUUCGGUGGGAAUACACAAAACAAAUGGCGCCCGUGUAUAAUUUGAUUUUUACCCACUCCUUCAGUACGUUUGACUUUAAAAAAUUUUACGAACAUUCAAAAAUGUCGUAUUUCUGGCAUCCCUUUAGAUUGGCGCCUGGAGUAUCAUAAUAGACUCGAUCUAUCAGCCCAUAGCUAUGCUGUCAAAACGUUUGUCAAGCUAUCCAGAUGUCUUGGCAAUGUAGCUAAUUCUAACUUUAAUUCUACAACGUGACUGCUUUGUGUUUGGUAUUCAAAGUACUAAAUAUUUAGAAAUUAUUUAAAUGGAUUGAAAAACGGUUUUAUCUCAAAAAUAAGACAUCAAAAGUUGUUUCUUCAGUCUAUUCCUCCAAUUUGAAUUAUAAAUGGCAUAAUAUGUAAGUUAUCAUCCCGUCCGUUAAUCAACUUAAAACUUUUCUUUAUACUAAAUUUGAAAAAUCAUCUAAUGAACCAUCUUUGUAGCAUUCUGAGCAGUUUUUCUGCAAUGUAAAAAAAAUAAAUUCAGUGAAAUUUUCGCUUUUUUCAUCAUUUAUCGAAAAAUGAUUAAUUUUUUGUAUGCUUUCAUUUGUUCAUAUAUUUUAAAAAAAAAAAAAACAUGUUUUGCAAAGCCAGGAUGGCCUUACUGUUUUAGUCAAAAUGAAAACUUUUUCUUAUUCAGUGAAAUGAAUAAUACUUGUUCUCUGUAUUAUUUGAAGUGUACAGUUGAAACUUUAUCAUAUUUAUUAAAAAUCAAUUUGUAUAUUUAUUGAUAAUUGACAUAGAGUUACGAAAAUACAAAUUUCUGUUU